UACCAAACAUCGGUGGCUCAACUCUUGUCAUGCAUGCUAACUAAUCAAUAAAUAACACCUCUGAAUGCAAGUUUCUUCUAGAUUAACAUGAGAGGAUCUCAUAUAAUACAAACAUAUAAUAAAACAGACAGAAACUCAUUUUUUUUUAUUUUAAAACCUUUUAAGGAAGUUUGCUUGUAAAGGCAAGUUAUUUUCCUAGCUCCUAAAAAUGAACACUGACUUGAAGAACCCUGGCCCUCCGUCGGUUACCUUGUACUGUUGAGAGUGGCCAUUCUAAACAAAAAGCUUCAACAGAAAUUAACCACAACUACAAUGAUAUAGCAGCAUCUCCCAUAGCUGGUGGUGUUUCCUCUGGAAAAGGAUGUGGAAAAGACAGGUUGAAAUGAUUCUUAAUCUGAAAAGAAUUCUGUCCCCACCUUUCUACUCCUGUCUCUCUCCCGUUUCUGUGUCCUUUUCCUCUGUGUUCGAGUGCAUUCUGACCAUUAUGCUUGGGUGGAAAGUUGAAAAACAGCAAACCUGCUUACAGCCAAGCCAGGGCUCCUGAUGGGUGGAUGAGCAAAGUUCUAGGGCUGAGCGUUCCUUUCUCAGCUCCUGGCCAGGCAGGCGCUCGCGGAUACCUGCCCUGCUUGGCGCCGCACUGAAGAUUCGCCGCGGCGGAACAGUUGAGUCUCCAUCUGGCUACCAACCCACCCAAGCUUUCUUCUCCUCCAUCACCACCUUCCUGCCUCCCCCUCCUCCCCCUCCUUUCCGUCUUCCCUCUCCACCCCCGCCCCCAAUCUCCUCCUCUUUUUCUCACUACAAGCGGUUGCUGAUGCUGAAGCUGAGCGUCACUUCGGCUCCCACGGCAGACAUGGCGACAUUGACAGUGGUCCAGCCGCUUACUCUGGACAGAGAUGUUGCAAGAGCAAUCGAACUACUGGAAAAGCUACAAGAAUCUGGAGAAGUACCAGUGCACAAGCUCCAGUCUCUCAAAAAGGUGCUUCAGAGUGAGUUUUGUACAGCAAUCCGAGAGGUGUAUCAAUACAUGCAUGAAACGAUUACUGUUAAUGGCUGCCCUGAAUUCCGUGCAAGGGCCACAGCAAAGGCAACAGUUGCAGCUUUUGCAGCCAGCGAAGGCCACUCCCACCCUCGGGUAGUCGAACUGCCAAAGACUGAUGAAGGCCUGGGUUUUAACGUGAUGGGAGGGAAGGAACAGAAUUCCCCAAUUUACAUCUCCCGCAUCAUCCCUGGAGGGGUGGCUGAAAGACACGGAGGCCUCAAAAGAGGAGACCAGCUGCUAUCAGUGAACGGAGUGAGUGUGGAAGGGGAGCACCAUGAGAAAGCUGUGGAACUUCUCAAGGCUGCUAAGGACAGUGUGAAGCUGGUGGUCAGAUACACCCCAAAAGUCCUGGAGGAAAUGGAGGCUCGUUUUGAAAAGCUGCGGACAGCUCGACGCCGGCAGCAGCAGCAGUUGCUCAUUCAGCAGCAACAGCAACAGCAGCAGCAACAACCACAACAAAACCACAUGUCAUAGGCACUUGAAGCGAAAGCUAGCAGGUCAAUCAUCCAACAGUCACAAAUUUGGACCCCGUGCUCCGGAAUCCCAGCACAUAGAAAAAGGGAAAAAGAACACCAGUAAUUACACCUCUCACAAAAGCUGUGAACACAUGGUGUUUCCAUUCUUUACCAAGGCAAUUCAACAUCUUCCUCCUCUGGGCACCAGCCCCCCUGUUCAUUGCUUUUUUUUACCUACUCAGACCUUCCAUUCACGGCAGGUGGAAACUCGCAGUGUGUUGAGGGAGAGAAGUAUUCCAGUCUGCAGACUGAAACAGUGUAAGAAUAAAGUCUGUGACUUUUGAACAAAUCACCUGGGCUAGGAUUAAGUAAAUCUUUGGUCUAAGGCUCUUCCAGAGAUUAGCAAACCCUUCAUUAGGCUAUAGUUCAAACUGCAUCAGUUCAAGGUUGUGGCCACGUGAAAGGAACCUACACUUUGACCUCUGCCCUAACCCUUCCACAGUCUAUGUUGCUGAGCUGUCUGAAUUGGAAUUUGAUUUAGUUAUAACCUCCACUCUUCUCCUGAAAAUGCCAAGUUCUUAUCCUACAUAAAUCUGUUCUGAAGUUGGAAACAGUUGGCUUUUUAUUUUUCAUUUCUACCAAUUUCCAAAUGCAUCAGCAGAAGUUUUUUUAUUAUUAUUAUUUUAGGAUAUUUUAGCUGAACUUUUAAUUUAUUAGCAGUAAAGGUUGAAACUCAAUGCUGUCCUUUUUAAAAAGUUAAAUAUUGCCUGUAUCUAUUAUUAAUUUAGACAGAAUAUAAUAUAUAUUCGUUCCACACAAUAUAUAAGACCAGAGUACAUGUUAUAACUUGCUUCUUUGUUUAACAAGGGUCACAACUCUGGUAAAAGAUUCUCUCAGCUUUAUGAAUUCCUCCUCACUUGAUAUAUGUAACCUGCCCUCAAUAUUUUCUCUUAAAUUUUAUUUAUUCAUUUCCAUUGAUCAGCUUUGGAGAAGUCUAAACCCAUCCUGCACACAUUGAUGUACUUUCAUAGAAAUCUAGUUGAUAUUUUAAAUCUUGGAGAUUUAUAAAACUGAAUUAUAAUAUGUGCACAUAUAUAUACAUCCAAAGGAAUAUAUCACACAAAGUUUAGAUCAGUAACCCUGUAAUAUAAAUCUUAUAUUUUUGACAGUCUGAGAUCAAAGAUACUGGCCCUCUUACAUUGAAGUAUGUGGAAUCCAGUAAUACCAGUAUUGUAAAUGACAGAUACUGCUUUCUCCAAGGGGAAAUCUGUUUCAUUUUUGCAUAUUCCCAUUUGUAAAUAAGCAAUCAAUUAUUUCAGCUUUCACAAAGAUCUGUUAGAACCUCCCGUACACACAAUAUUUUUUAAUUUAGGGUAAAUCUAGACACGUAAUCUGGUUUUCCAUAAUGUAAUGAAUAGGCACUUAAACACCUUAAGCACAAAAGUGUAUACACACACACACACACACACACACACACACACACACCAAAAAGAAUAACUGUCUAGUUAAAGCAACCAGAUGGAUCAUCAAAACAGAGUCCGUUAUUUUAAUAUGUCCAUUUUUUUUCAAAAGCAGAAAAUGGUUUCCCAAGAUACAAAGAAUUUGGUAUUUCAGAUAGUCCUCCAGCAUAGAAAUUUGUGAAGCUCAGCUUACAAGCCAUCUUCUUGAAACUAAAGAAAACCAAUUAGAUGUACCCAGCGUGUUCUGUCUCACACCAUCCGGUGGUACUAUUGUCAAUAGCAAUUUCUUACUGCUUUAGAUAGUGCAUCUCCCAACCGGGUGACAAACAGUCAGAAAUCCAAGAGCUACACCAAUUUAUUUCAACACUAUCCUGUUGUGGUAACAAAUUCCCAUCCUCAAAAACGUAUCAUUUUUUACUAGAGAGAGGUUAGGGAAGGGGUCAGCGAGGACCCAGAAUGUUAUAUAAAAUAGGUCGAUAAAAGGAACAAACAUGACAAAAAGAAAUAAGUGCAGACUAUUUGAGUAUUAUUCAGUUUGAAAGAUAGUUCUCAUUUUUAUAAAAAAAAUAGGUAAUAAACAUAUAUUUUACUUAUCAUUUAACAAAGAAAUAUUAAAGCUAUACAGGAGAUGCCACAAAAAUCUCAUAAAAGGAAAUCAUCUCACCCUUAUUAUGAGAAAAUGGUCAUUUCAAUGAGUUUCAGUACACUGAAUAAAUUUGGAGCUUAAGAUAAAUGUUUUCCCUUAGCCGUUAAGUGUUUAGUUAAUGCCAAACUUAACAUGUGAUUUCACAUCAGUACAAGUAUUGUCAGAAGCAACUAUGAAAUAAGCAGAUACUUUAUGCUGGUGUUUUCUAGAAGUCUUUGAAUUUUAUGCUUCAUUUGUACCACAUGUAGUGCUGAUAAAUGUAUGUCAGGUUGUCCGUCGAAAUGAAGCAAUCCAUCACACGUACAGAAGCCAAGGGAUAGGUUAUAUGUCUCCAUGGUCUUACAUACAAAUGGCUGGUUCUCUUUAGUGAAGUUUAGCUCAUUGAAAUGUAAGCAUUUCUCUAGAAUCUUAAUCAAAAGUGACUCCCCCCACCCCCCAAAGACUUACAGAAGCCCCUGGAGCAUCUCUGAAGUUUCACUGAAGCAAGAUAGGAAGGGAGGAACAAAUCCACCAUGAUUUGUACGGAACUUCUCUAUUCCCAAGAGUCACAUACAGAGCCUCCGACCUGUCUGAUGUCAUCCAUUAAAAAAAAAAAAAAAAAAGAAAGCAUCUUACAUAGACUGUGCAUCCAUGCAGUUCAAUAUAAAUAUAAUAAAUGGGGUGUUAAAAGUUAGGGAGAAAUGAUUGUGACUUCUCAACAGGGACCUCAUGUAGUGAAUUUCAGCUUUUUCCUUUGGUCAAGUGCAAGUAGCUCUUUCUGCAUCUUUUCCCUGCUAUGAUUCUAAGGCAAGCACAAAAGGUAAAAGAAUUCCUGAACCUUUUCACUGGAGCGUUUACAUUUUGAUUCUGUAGCCAUUUGCAACAGAACAUCUGCAGAAAGAUAAUGAGCUUAAAUUACAAUUGACUUUGGAAGAAUAACAGACUCUUGUGUUCCUCAAUCAUGUAAUCAAUAGGGAAUUCUCUAGCAAAGAGAGCCACCGCUACCUUUCAAGACAAUGCUAAGAUCUAAAUAAAAAAAAAAUCUAGCAUUCAGGGGCCUGUUAAGGGGAGUUUGUCUCUAAACUUUAGCUAGAGACAAAUUAUGCCCAUUUACAAAUGCAGUUCGCAAACGUGGUAUCUAGCUGACCUUAUUUCCUUUUAUACAGCUGUACAUUCAGGACUCCAAAGGUGGUGCACUGCUUUCAGUAUCUGUCACCAUUUGUGGGUGAAUGAGUCCCUGGAUUUCUCACCGCUUAGCUGGACUUUGCUUGUAAGCACACCUUGCCUAUACUUAAGCUUCAAACAAAAUGACGGCAGAUACAGAGCGUUCUCUGAAGAUUCAGGACGCCCCUAUGAGUAAGCCCUUCAAGAGCACCCUAUCCUCCUUUAGACCCCAAACUCCAUAAGACCAAGGAAUGUGACUCUGGUCCUGCACAUGAGCUGGCACUCUCUGGGCACUCAAUGAAUAUUUGUUGAAUGAGUGAGUUUAUUCAAGAGGAGGGUAAAUAAAUUCGUUUUGACUUCUGACUAACAUAUGUUAAUUAGCAUUAUAAUUUUGCAUGCCAUAGCCAGAACCAGAAUUUCCUCUAAUAUACAUCCAGGAAUCUAAUUAAAUUAAAUAUCUCAAAGGUUCCAGGACCUUUAAGUCAGGAGCAAUGCUUGAAAAUUUACACACACACACACACACACACACACACACACACACACACACACACAAAAUGAGUAAAAGAAAUCUCUCUAGCUCUUUACAAAAGCGCAUGGCUAAUUUGGCAUGUAGGCUUCAAAAAUAAAUUUUUAUUUCUAAAGUUUACAGAACACUAUACUUUAGGGUUUUUUUUUUAAGCAGUUAAAUCAUCAAGCAUAUUAGAUUGCCCUAUGACACUUGUAUUUUUCAAAGGAUCCAUGGUCAUUGAAAGCAUCAUUUCUAAAUGUGGGCUUUCAUAUGCCCCUUCUUUUAUCCCUGACUCCUAGAAUAUACCUGAGCUAAAAAUUACUCACUUGCCACCCCCUUCCAAACUUUUCCGUGUAUUUAUUUUUUUUUUAACAAAUAUGUCUGUGUUCCCAGUACAUGCUAGAUUCUAGAAACACAAUAUGAAACAAGUCAAAUGUAAUCCCAUCCUAAGGGACUCUAAUUCUGGCUAACCAGUUUAUCAUCCACUGGGUCCUCAUCACAAAUGCUAGAGAAGCAACAGCAACAAGCCCUUGCCACGUGGGAACCUGUCAAUACUUCCUGCACAGAUUUACGUGAGCUUGCCUUUCUGAACAUAACCACUCAAAUUUGCCCGACAGUUUAGCCAUAAAGCAGAGUUGCAACGCAGGGCGGUAGGCAAUUUUAACAGUCUUAAAAUUGCAUCCAUCUCUGCCAGGUUGCAGGUUCAGAGCAUUUCCCACCAGGGCUCACUGAUUCACUGGACUCACUAUUCACUGGAUUCCAUUUACACGCAGAAAACCUGAAGCACAGACGCCUGACUUUUCUAAGGUCACCCGAUUAGCUGGCAGAGUUGGGGGUUUGAACCCACAAAGUCCAACACAGUGGUCCAUGUACCUAAGCAUUAUCUGUAGGCUUGAGGGGGGGCACUCCUACAUUAAAACGAAUGAAUCAUUGUAUAUAGAAAUAUCUUGAGUUUGUAAAGUAGUUACUAAAAGAUAUUAGUAAAUUAUAACUCAUUAUAGCAAACAAAUCACAUCAGAAACAAAAACAGGAUUAGAAUGGAAUCUUACACGAUAGCAUACUCUCAUGAAAUACAAUACUUCAAGCCAGGGACGUCCAUACAAGUUCUGAUCCAGAAAAUUUCUACUUGUGAAAAUGUUUCAAUGACUUCAGAAUUAUUCAUUGUCAGCCACUGUGUCUAUUUGGUGCUACUAAAAAACCAGAAAGAACAAAAACCCCUGAUCCAAGGGCUUAUAAAUACACAGUGUGGAGAUGAACCAAGGGCAUUUCAUAUUUAUAGGGGAGGACUGGCCAACUGUACCGUUUCUCACCAUUGCAUGUACAUCGUGUCUCUCCAAUUGUUUGCGUUGUUUUUAUGAAAGAGCUGCAAAAUUGUGCAGUGGUUCAACCUGACCAAAGUGGUAUUAUGCUGCUGGGAAGUAAACGUAUUAGAUACCAAACUGGAAGUACUGUUUUUAUUAUCAUUGCAGGGGUGGGGG